AUGCCUAGCAAGCUUCACCCUCUUGGAAAGAAUGGCCCUCUUGUGCCAGCUUUAGGCUUCGGACUGAUGGGAAUGUCCCAAGCUGACUACGGAGCACUUCCCGGUAAUGAGUAUCAAUAUUGUGACAGCGAAGCACUGCUGGGUAAAUGGUUUCGACGCACAGGAAAGAGAGACCAGAUUUUUCUAGCAACGAAUUUCGGAUUUGUUGAACAUAGCGUAACAUACGAAACUGAUAGUUCCGCCGCGUAUUGCAAGGAAGCUUGCGCGAAGAGUCUUCAGAAACUUGGUGUAGGCACAAUUGACUUGCACUACCUACACAGUGCAAACCCUGAGACACCAAUUGAGACUAUGCGCGCCAUGGUAGAGUUACAAGCUGAAGGCAAAAUAAAGCACAUUGGCCCAUCCAUGAUAUCCUCAACCACCCUACGCCGAGCAUACAAGAUUACACCAGUCGCUGCCGUACAAACUGAAUGCUCACACAGCCGGCACGAAUCUUCUGGCUACCUGCCGCGAUUCUCAGCAGAGAAUGCACCCACAAACACGGUGACUGUCAACCAGUUCAAGGCGUUUGCGGACAGAAAGGGUUGCACAGUCGCUCAACUUGCUCUUGCAUGGUUGCUGAAGCGAGGCGAUGAUAUUUUUCCGAUUCCGGGAACUAAGAUCAAGUAUCUUGAAGAGAAUUGGGCUGCUCAAGGUAUUUCUCUGUCGGAUGAGGAGGAAGCUGAGAUCGAUACGUUCCUUGAGUCUGCCACUAUUGCUGGUGGUACUCUUCCUCCUUAG